AUGAAUUUUGAUUUGGACGACCCUCUGGAAGGAUUGCUCAGUGAUGGCAGCAACGACAGUCUGUUUGGCGAUGAAAAGGCAAAAAAACCGGCACAAAGCAGCAAACCGGGCAAGAUGGAAGAUUUGUUUGGAAUAAAACCGUCCGAGGCAUCGAAGAGCGCCUUGAAAGUGGAGCAACCAUCGACGGCUGCAAACAAAAGUCAACCCGCGUCGCUGGACUAUUCGAAACCGCCGAGCACCACCUCAACAAUUCACCAACCGUCGAGCUUGACCUCUGUGCAAGGAAAAAAACCAGUGACACCGGUCAAAAAGACCGAAAACGCUACUUCCGGACUUAAGCCUAGCACACCGCAGAAAAAGGAAAUCUCAUUCGAUGACAGCGAUCUGCUGUCGGAUCUUGGCUUCGACCCCAAGAAGCCGAGGGCAAAGUCAAGCAUCCUGGAUGAUAUCCUCGGUGUUCCGAUGGGGCCAUCGACGAAAGAGGUCCCUUCGAAAAGCACACUGGCCAAACCUAGGCCGAGCCUUCCGGUAGCCAAAGAGGAAGCAACGGCUGCGGCUAAAAACGUUUCCCGUCAGUCGACGGAAACGUCCGAUAACCUGCCACCGGAGAACACAAUUUUGGGUGGGUACGCGCCAACUGGUGGUGGAUCAGCCGUCCUGCCACGGCGUAGUGGUCGGCGAAAGUCGUCCGUGUCGGCGCUCAACGAUCCGUUGGGACUGUUUGCGACGGAUGACAAAGCCGUCCGCCGUGAGUCUAAACAACCGAAGAAAGGAGGAGCCGACUGGCUGGGUCUCAACGAGGACAGUGUUUCGAACGAAGCAGAUCCUCUUCCGACGCCUGUCGCUAAACCGGUUGUACCUCCGGUGCCUGUGGUCCCUGUGCCGAUUCAAAAGCCCGCUGAAUUACCAGUGCCGGUUCGACACGAUCCCGAACCGCCAAAAUCGGAAGGCAAAAUGCCAGUCCAACCCACUAUGUCGGAUCCGUUGCUGAUUUCAAACACAUUGCAGCUUGUGGACGCCGAGACCGAGAGCGCGCUGGUCACAAUGCAGCAGCAAGACUUUCAAAUAUCCGUGGCCAGCCAGAUGAAGACCCAGGAGAAGGCUCUUCUCGAUAUGCAGCAGAAGCAGCGCUCCAUUUUGCAACGACAGGAAGCACAGUUCAAUGAACUGCUGCAGAAGCAAAUGCAGCGUCACACCGCACUAGAAGAGGUGCUGACCAGGCAGCAGGAACGAAUCAGCGCAAACAUCCAGUUAAUUAUGAAUCAACCACCACCGACGGCACUCAGCUCCCAUCUUGAAGGCAGCCAGCCAUACCCAGCCUCAGAAGGCUUAAGACACGAACCGCAACCGGAGGAUCUUAUCACGAAGAUCGAGUUGCAGUCGGAGGUGAAACGACUCGAAAUGGAAAAACUACGGCUCGAGGAUUUGGUGUCAAACCUGACGACGAAUCACGGCCAAGAGUUGUCGCUACUGGAGGCAAGCUACAAGAAACAGAUCGGCUUUCUGGAGGAAAGCCUCAAAAUAAUGGAAACCAGGCUGAAGGACGACAACAGAAAGUUGGAGGAGUUUUAUCAACGCAAAAUAGAUGCCAUCGAAGAAGAAAAAUGCAAACUGGCACAAGAUAAUGCCGGCAAAAUGAGGGAAAUGGAGGAAAACCACCGGAGCGCGGUCGAAAAACUGAAGCAAGCGUACGAAGAUAAUCUGGAGCAGCUUCGCCAGGACCACCGGGAUGUGAUCGGUUCGAUCCGUGAAUCGAAGAUGCUCGAAUUCUCGGCGGUACACGAGAAUCAAUCCUAUCUGCAGACGCUAAAAAAUGCCUCGAGUUACCUGGAGAACGCGUCCGGUGAUUUGCAGCAGCUCCGCGACACGCUCCACGAUCAGAUCGAGUUUUGCCAAAAAGAGAAAGAUCUCCAGCUGAAGGCCCGCGAGAAGCAACUCGAGGACCAACAACGGCUCCUGGAGCGGACACGGGCCGCCGCCAGCGAAGAAAAGGACCGUCUACUGAAUCUGGUCGAAGCACUCGAAAGUAAAGUUACCGAAAUGACGAAGGUCUCGUCCGAGGAACGCUGGGAGUAUCGGCAAAAGUGCGUGAAACUGGAAGCGGAACGGUCGAGCUUCGAAAAGGAAAAGCAAUUUUUCAGGGAACGCCACCAGCACGAAGAAGCCCGAAUCGGGGAGCUAAAACAGGCGCAACUGGAUGAGAGCGCCCGGUUCAAGGACAAGCUGAACCAAGAACGACAGGCGCUGCUCGAGGAGAAGGCCAAAUUCGAAACGAUGGCUCAGCUCCACUCCAAAGUGCACCCUGGUGGUGGCUCAGGCUUAAGCUCGCGGGCGGAAGUCGAGGCUGCCGUAAAGGUGGCCGAAGAGGCAACGCACCAAGCGGACAAGGAGAAAGAACGUUACCUGCAACUGCAGCGUCAGUUCGAGGCCAAACGCCGUGAGCUGCUCUCGCGUGAAAGUCAACUGCGCGAAACAAGCGCUGAGCUGGAAUCCGCGAUCGAACGAGCCCGACUGCGGGAACGGAACGCCGAAAACGUUUAUCAAGGGGUGCGCAAAGCGGAGCAGAACGCGCAGCUCAAGAUGCAACUGGUGCAACGUCAGUUCCGGGAAGUAUCGGAGCGAGAAGAUCGCCUGGCGAAGGACAAGAUCGAGUUCAGCAAAGAGCGCCUCGAGUUGCAGGCCAUCCGACGCAAGCUACAGCAGAACCGCUGCAGUCUGUGUAAGAUCGGAGAAAAGUCGCAGGAAAUCGGUGAUCUGCUCACCACCAACACGGACUCCGUGGCGGAUGAUCUAAAGUUGGAGGCUAGCUUUGCCGAAAUGCAGCAGCGGCUGGACACGACCGAGUUGAAACUCGAUCAGCUUUUCGACAACGACGUCGAUCGCCACAUGAAACUGUUCUUCGAACGAACCCGGCUGGAACAGCUCGAUGUAGCAGCGGGUGGCUUAGAUGCGAUCGUCCUGAAUGAUCACGGGCACGCGCGGGAGUCGGAUUCCGAAACGCAGCUAAAAUUAGAAAACUUUUUUUCGCAUUUGAACGAGAACCAAGGCGGUGAUAGAAAGUAA